AUGGAUCCGCCACCGGUCACGGCACAAGAUAAAACAAGAAGCGAACACAUGGCCAUAGAUCUCAGUGAUAUCACUUCCGACACUGAUGUCCAUAAUUUGGACUUUUUUGAUUCCGCCAGACAUGAUUGUCAAGAAAGAGAUUAUGACGUUUCGGGAACGAUGUCAACAAAUAUUGAAAAUUCUGAUGAAAAACAUUAUCGAAGGAUUAUGCAAGGUGGGUAUACCAGUCAUUUCCUUGAAAACCGAGGAUUUGGUUGGCUUUUAGACAUUGACGAUGACAUGGUCGAUUUUCAGAGGCCUUUAUUGGAGGAAUUAGAUAUUGACUUGUCUGAUAUUUAUUAUAAAGUACGCUGCGUUUUAUUUCCUUUGCCUUAUUUUCGUCUGAAAUUAUGCAUCGUUCGAGAAUCGCCUGAUUUCUGGGGACCACUAUUUAUUGUUUCAACUUAUGCAUUAUUAUCAUUGUACGGACAACUAAGUGUGCUUUCAUGGAUUCUAACAAUUUGGUUUAUUGGAUCAUUUUUUGUUUUUUUCCUAGCUCGAGCUUUGGGAGGAGAAGUCGGUUAUGGUCAAGUACUUGGUAUUGUCGGUUACUGUCUCAUACCGUUAGUUGUUGUAGGCUUAAUUACUUCAGUUUUGUCAAGGCUCCGGUUGUUUUCUAUAGCAGUUGGCUGUUUCGGUGUUUUAUGGUCUGUAUAUAGUGCUGGUACACUUCUCUGUGUUGAGGAACUCCGUGAGAAACGUACUUUAUUGCUUUAUCCAGUUUUUUUAUUGUAUGUUUAUUUUUUCUCGCUUUAUUCUGGAGUGUAA